AAAACCCAACCUUCUCUGUACAACUUUCGGCAUCGAACCUUUGAAAUACCCCAGUACUAUUUACGCAUUUUCAGCGGUCACGUCUUUGGAUUCAAUAAGUACGAAGAGCCACACGGCGAUCGCUCAGAUUUGCGGGAUCGAACAUAUAGCCCUCGCCAUAAUCGCACUACUGCAUUCCCACCUUUCUUCGCCGAGUCGUUGCGCAAAAGAGCAGGAUAGGAUAAUCUCGGCGCCACGAAAUGGUCGGCCCAACACCGCGCAAGCGCACCCACGGGCGCCAACCUUCCAACUCCCACCGCCACGGCCAAGCCUCCGACUACGAUUCCGAUGCCGCCCACCAACAACUCCUACUCGACAACCAACAGAGCCAGCUCCCCCCACCGAACCCCGCCCUGAUCAACCGCACAAACACCGAACUCAACCUCUCCGUCCUCCAGCGCUACCUACCCUCCAUCCACACCAUCCUGAGCAUCGCCGCCAACGCCGUCGUCUACUCCUUCAACUCCUCCACCUCCUCCUGGGAUCGCGCCGGCAUCGAAGGGACCUACUUCCUGUGUCUGUUGCAGCCCGACCCUGCGGCGGCGGCAAAGCCAGGUGCCUGCCUCUUCGUCCUCAACCGCAGGGGCCUCGAGAACAAGAUCCUAGACCUCAGCCGCGUCGCGCACUUUGAGGUCAUGGACGAAAUCUACAUCUUUAACAUGGAACCGGAACCGGAAUCCCCUAGCGACGCCCACCACCCGGUCCAAGUCGCAAGCGGAAGCGGAGGCGACCAGACAUCCGACGACGGCAGCCGCGUCGUCGGCGUGUGGAUCCACGCCGACGACAAGGAAACGAGGAUGACCAACGCCGCUAUGGUGCAGGAGGCAAUCCGGUCUGUGCGCGCCGGCCACGGAGAAGAGGAUGACGUCGAGGAGCCGGGCGUGCCGAACUAUCCACAACAAGAGCGGCCGGUGCAGGCCGCGGAAGCCCCGAGUCGCACGACUGGAGGAACGGUGGGGCAGAGGUUGAACGUUGACGAUCUAUUUCUCGCCUCACGGAACGGAGCUGGUGGUUAGUACGCUGGUCGAUCGGCCUGCGGUCCCCGACGGCGGUGAUGGGGAGCAGGCUUAGGGACCUCCAGGAUCAGCCGGGCGACCUUGGGAUGACACGAAGUAGGGAACAUGGUACCUAAUUUCAGGAACGUGCGUGCCUAUUCAUCAGCUUUUCCUGUACAAAGUGGAUUUUCGAUGGUGUUGCUCCGAACACGCUUUUGUAAAACAGUCGUCCGCAGCCAGUGUUUUCUCAAAAGGCCCAGGUAACCGGUCUAACCAUAACAUUACCACUCCCGUUU